GGGCCUCACCAUGAACAAACUGAGACAGAGCCUGCAGCGGAAGAAACAGCCUUACGUUCCCGAGGCCAGUCGGCCCCACCAGUGGCAGGCAGAUGAGGAAGCCGUUCGAAAGGGCAAGUGCAGUUUCCCAGUCAGGUACCUGGGACAUGUAGAGGUGGAAGAAUCACGAGGAAUGCACGUGUGUGAAGAUGCAGUGCAGAAACUCAAAGCCACUGGAAAAAAGUCGGUGAAAGCCAUUCUGUGGGUGUCGGCUGAUGGGCUGAGAGUGGUUGAUGAUAAGACUAAGGACCUUAUUGUGGACCAAACCAUAGAGAAAGUUUCGUUCUGUGCUCCUGACCGUAACUAUGACAAGGCCUUUUCGUAUAUCUGCCGUGACGGUACCGCGAGGCGAUGGAUCUGUCACUGUUUUAUGGCUCUGAAAGAUUCGGGGGAGCGCCUCAGCCAUGCCGUGGGCUGUGCGUUUGCUGCCUGCUUGGAGCGGAAGCAGAGGCGGGAGAAGGAGUGUGGGGUCACAGCUUCCUUCGAUGCCAGCCGGACAAGCUUCACUCGGGAAGGCUCCUUCCGAGUCACCACGGCCUCACAGCACGCCGAGCGAGAGGACGCCAUCAAGCAACGGCAGGACAAGACCAAAGCUGAGAUGGUGGUGGCGGGCAGCCCAGUUCCAGGCUCGGGACCCCCCAAUCUGCCCCCCGGCGGCUCCCCUCCGCAAGGGGAGGGCUCGCCUGUGGACAAGAGCGAUCCCAAUUACCAGCACGCCAUCCCGCGGCGGCACGCACCCCUGGAGCAGCUGGUGAGGCAAGGGUCCUUCCGCGGUUUCCCAGCCCUCAGCCAGAAAAACUCGCCGUUUAAGCGCCAGCUCUCCCUCCGACUGAAUGAGCUGCCAUCCACUCUGCAGAGGAAGACCUCAGACUUCCAGGUGAAGAGCCCAGUGCCCGAGUUUGACCUCUCACCCUCCAAUGAGCCUGAGAACAUCAGUACCGUCUGCUCGCAGGGAGACUCCACCUCGGCCAAACCUCCAUCCGACCCAUUCUCCUCCACAACAGGCACUGGCUCGAUCCCAGCAGCUGCUCCAAUACUGCACCCCCAUGUUCCUCAGGGGAACGGAGGAGGAGGUGGUUGGGGGGGCGUAUCCACAGCGACGGCAGGUAACUCCACUUUCCAGCCGAGCCACCGGAGAACGCCCUCGGAGGCUGAGCGCUGGCUGCAGGAGGUGGCGAAGACAGCGAGAGCCCAGCAGCAGCAGAUCCUGCCUCCUCUGGCUCCCACCGCCAUGCCAGUUCCCACAGGCCUCCCUGCCUCGGCGACGCCAUUCAUCGGCACGGCUGCCCCAGUCAACCUGUUUGGACCACCACCGUCCUUUGCGACCUACGCCCCCGGCCUGACCAAUGGGUCCCCGUCCCCUUACCCGGCCCCCAGCGUACCAGUUGUGGGAAUCACGCCCUCGCAAAUGGUGGCCAACGUCUUCGGCAGCGCCCAGCAGGCCCCCCUUAGCAACCAGGGCUUCUCCAGCAGGGCUGUCCCCUUCGCGCCUGCUUUCGGCAUCACCGCCGCGGCCGCCUCAUCUCCCGCCACCGCGGCCCACAACCAGCCCAGGCCCCCUCAGCCUCUCGGAGGGGCUCCGGCCCCGAGCCGGCCAGGAGUCACCAUGGGCCCUGGAGCCUGGCCCCCUGAACCCAUGGGCCAGGAGGCUGACCAGUUUGAGGCCCAGUGGGCCGCUUUGGAGACCAAGUCCCAGGCCCGGCUUGGAACCACUCUACCGACCAACCCCUUUUCUACCGACUUACAGAAAACAUUCGAGAUCCAGCUAUAAAGGAGCGAGAGGAUGCGUUUUUAUUUUCUAAAAACAGGAAAAAAAAAUGAAGAAGAGACUCUUUGAACUGAGCUGUAUAACCACUAAGAAACAUUUAUAUUUUUCGUUUGAGAAGUGCCGCAGUUGAUGUGGUGAUGGAGAGAGAGAGAGAGAGAGAGGAGGCUUCAGUUUGUUCUCUAACCUGAAUAUGUCGUCGUAUUGGGUCAUUCUGGUUUGUGGGUGGGGUCCGCGGAUGCCCAUCUCUGCCAGGGAGUGGCCAGAGAACAGGCAUUGUGGGCAACUGAAGGGUGGGUUCAAUCUGACCAGGUAGCACCCACCCCUCAUCCCCCAAUCCCGUCCUGAGAGACCCAAAGGAGAGAGUCAGAGCGGGGAAACAUUCACAUUUAGGGGGUUUGUACACGAACCUGGACACACAAAGCAUUCCUGACUCCAUGCCACCCCCCCCUCCCGAUCUCAUUCUCCCUCACCCCCAUCCCAACUCCCCCACUGGCUUACUCCACUCCCUCCAUGACCACCCCCCCCAUCCCUGUCCCAACCCCUCCAACAUUUCUUUUCCAAACGCCCCCCCAACCUCUCCAUGAAUGCAUUCCACCCCCCACUUUGCCCCAAUCCCACCCCCUCCACCAUCUCAUUCCACACCCCUCCACAAUGCCAACCUCUUUACCCCCAUCUCAAGCCCUCCACCACCUCAUUCCCUGCCCCUGUCCCCACCUCACCCCUUCUGCCAUCCCAUACCAAUGCCCUCACCCCCAUCUCAGCUCCUUUGCCAUCUCAUACCAACCCCCUAACCCAUCCCAAACCUUCCACCAUCUCCAUCCCACCCCCUCCUAUGACCCCGUACCUCCUCGCCCCUAUCUCAAGCCCUCCCUCCCACCUCAUCUCCACCCACUGUCCUCAUCUUACACCCUCCACCAUCUCAUAUCAACCCCUCACCCUCAGCACCUCAGUCCACUCCCCCUGCCCUCCGUCUCCUGUCCUCUGCCAUCUCAUGCUACCCCAUGCUCCCUCACCCCUAUCCCACACACACCCCUCCCCCCAGCAUCUCAGUCAACUCGCCUCUGCUACUAUCUCCCACCCAUUCCCGAAAAAAAUCCAUGGGACUGGACAUUGAGCCAAUCAAAGGGAGUACGUGAGGAUUUCCUUCUUUAAUUGAGACUUUAUAUUCCAUGACUAUAACGCACCCAUCCCCCACAUCCCUUCACACCCUACUGGACUUGCCACCCCCUUUCGUUACCACGGUUACAGCCUGGUUUUGUGGGCAGGGGUACCUGGUUUUGUUGCAAUUUGAAAAAAUGAGGGGUCACCAGAAAUGUGGAGAUGAUUUUCAUUGUCCCAGGGGUCAGUGGAUCUUCGGAGCUCCCUCCGUCAAAGGGUGGGGAGCAGAGACCCUGGAAUAUUUUGAAGGCAGCAUGAGAAGGGCUUUUGUUGAUCGAGAGGUGAAAGAUUAUCGGGGAAUAGGCAGGAACGUGAAGGAGUCAGGUCAUUUGUUAUCUUAAGGGAUAGUGGAGAGGAGUGAAUAGCUUCUAGCUCUUCAUUCAUACAUCUGUAAGUGAGGCUCAGAUUUGCUGCUUUAAAGGAAAAUGCAUACCAACCCUUUAGGAUUGCGAGGCGCAGGGAACCAAUCCGAGGGGUCGGGGAACCCGCUUCCUCCAGGACUGCAUUUGUGUGGCGCCGUCUGCCCCUGAGGAGAGGCAGUCAGUGAUGGCCGAACGAGCCAGGGAGCUGGCUACAAAGGCAGCGACAGUCAUCUCUCACAGGCCAAGCAUUUGGUGUGACAUGUCGCCCUUCUGAUAGGCUUGACCCAUCCCACAUACUGAAUCUCGUCGGGGGUGGGCGGCACGGUUUGGUGCGGAAUAGGCCCAGUGAUGAGUUUGAAAUCGCAGUCGGGUCAACUUUCCCACAAUGCGAGGAGCGUAACGUGCCGCGUCCCCACUCCGGCCCAUGAGCCGGUCCCAUCAGGGACAGGUUUUCCGGGAAUUGACCCUGUCGGUUGGGAGCUAGGCCGGAGUGAGCGGGCCGACUGGCGGCUAGAGUGCUCGCUGCUGGGAUUCUGCUUCGCUGAAAGGGCAUCACUUCUUUUGGAAAGGGGACAGACCCACUCACAUCGCCCUCCCUGUCCCCACAUCCACAACCCCCAACCCCCACGCACGCCCCCACCCACCUACCUACCUGAGCUUCUGAGAACUUUGGCCAUUGGCUAGGCCCUAAUGAGGUUCUCCUCUACCUCAUGAAAACUUUUCCUGUCUUUGAGUUGGAAUUUUUUUGAAAUGAACCCCCCCCCCCAACCAAACCCCUCAAUUAUUUGCAGAGACUGUGAGAAGCGAGGUGAGCUGGGUGUCAUGUCCCCCAUCGGGGGCCAGAGUGAGUUUCUUUACAGCUGCCUGGAAGCAGUAGUUCAUUUCUUUCUCAGGGACAAGAGAUGCAGGUUGCUGGAAAAAACACAGCAGGCCUGGCAGCGCCUGUGGAGAGGAAAUCAGAGUUUUGGGUUCGGUGACCCUUCCUCAGAGAAUGGACCUUUCUGAGGAAGGGUCACUGAACCUGAAAUUCUGAUUUCCUCUCCACAGGCGCCUCUGGGCCUGCUGUCCAUUGUAACUGUUCCCACAGCCGUCACUUCCUCAGGAAGUUUAUUCCACAACAAAACCAGCCUCUGUGUAAAAAAAAACCCUCGUAUCCUUUUUAAAUCUCUCACCUUAAAAAUGUGCCCCUAGUCUUGAAAUCCCCCAUCGUAGGGAAAAGACACCGACCACUAACGCUAUCUAUACACCUCACGAUUUUAUAGACCUUUAUAAAGGCCCCUCAACCUCCUAGACUCCAGGGGAAAACGACCCAGCCUCUCCUUAUAACUCAAACCCCCCAUUCCCAGCAACAUCCUGGUAAAUCUGAACCCUGUCCAGUUUCUUAAUGCCCUUCCUGUAACUGGGCGAGUGGGAAUGGGCACAGUGCUCCAGAUCUUCCGUUCAGCUUUAAAUAAAACUCCGAAUUUAGCUCUCAAGGCCUUGAUUUAAUUAAUGCCUCGUCCGACCUUCCCAAAUUCCCAGUAAAUGUCCUUCUGAUUAUCGAUUCCUGCUGACGGCAGGCAUGGACCUGCCCUGCAUGAUCUAACAUUUAAAUUAUUGAGUGAAUGUAAGGGCCGCUGGUAUGAAUGAAAAUGUGUGAAAUUAGGUUGGUCGCCAUAGUUACAUGGAUAAGGCUACAAGCUGCCUCUUGGCAGCCUCUGACUGUAAAAGGUCUUUAGUGUUUGAACCGGCACAGUGCAUAUUUUACCUGGAUCAACUUAUCUGUUCCCUGACCUAUUUAGAAAAACCUAACCUCCAGUGCAGUAACAAGCGAUGGUCUGUUGCUGUCAUUUGGUUCAAUCAUACCCCCAGAAGCAACAGCAGAUUCUACGUCCACCAAUCGUUGCACUG